AUGCAUGGCUUUCGGUGGACAGGAGCCGGAGGCGUGCGGCUGUGGCUCUGGGGUGUGGCAACGGUGGUGCGGGAAGCGGGAGCGCAAGGCGGCGACGGUGAGGGCAGUGUUGCACGGCAGAAGAGCAGCGACGACGAGGGCAGUGCUACACGGCAGAAGAGCAGCGACGGCAAGGGGAAUGCCUCAAUGCAUGGCUUGGUUUAUUUUCUUACCAUGUGGGUUCCUUUUUAUAUCAGGAUCAGUUUGGGCCUUACUUGGGAGAUGCUGAAUGUCACUGGUACCUCUCAAAGAUGCUUUAUCUAUAAUGUGCUUAUAAGAAUGAACAAGUUCCUUGCAAAACUGAAUAAAUUAGACUGGAAAUCUAAGCAAAAACUGAAUGCACAGAUACCAAUCCUUCGAGCUCCACCCAAAUGGAAGCGGGAGCGCAAGGUGGCGACGGCGAGGGCAGUGCUGCAUGGCAGAAGAGCAGCGACGGCGAGGGGAAUGCCUCAAUGCAUGCUUGCAUCUAUCAGAUUUGAUGGUGUACAAAGCGAGAUCGUAGGUUCACUUCAGAGAAUUCUUGGUAGUUUGCUUGUGCUUGCUUUGUUAUUUCAAUCUAAAGAUUAG